UUAUAUCCACAUUCUUCGAUGUCUUCGAAAAUUGCGUUUACUCCCUUUUCAAGUUGUUAUAGAGUCUACAAAGGUUGGCCACCUUUAUUUCCCAAAGUUAUUUCUACGCCAAGAAAGUGCUGCCUUCAAGCAAUCAAACAAAGUCGCUUCCAUAUUAUGAUGAGUAUGGAACAUCUUGUCCAAUACAUAAUAGUUCGCAAAGAUUUGAUAGCAGACUUUGGCUGGCCGUUGGGAAGUGUAAUAGCACAAGGUGUGCACGCAGCUAUUGCAGUGAAUUGGGAGUAUAGAGACGAUCCUUUUGUCCAGGCAUAUUGUACACAAGAAUCGCAACAAAUGCAUACUGUUGUAUUGGAAACGAGCAAUGAAGCCAAGUUAUUGGCUUUAGCUGAGCAACUUGAAGGAGCACACAUCAAGUGUGUGGUUUGGAAAGAACAACCGGAAAAUGUUUCAACUGCCGUUGCCAUAAAGCCAUAUCCAAAGGAGCAAGUUGCAUCUUACUUGAAACACUUGAGACUGUGUAGAUAGAAGAUGGUCUAGUUGAGCCAAAA